AGUGCCCCGCGCGCAGCGAUCCUCCUCGCCCGUUCGCGUCCGCUCAAACUCGCCCCCGAAUACAUUUGCAUAUCACUAUACAUACCUACACCCUUUGUUCUAUUUCUAUGCUGUUUUCAUUACAAAGACUUUAACAAUCAGUUUUAUACGAUAUUUCGAGGCAUGAGGUCGCUUUUCGAUUAGCUCGUGGACCGCAGUUAAAAUGGCUGCCCUACAGUGGCUAUUGCUCACUUUGGCGCUGACCACAGCUACAGCUGACGAAGCUACCGACCCCAAAGGCCUUCAAGAACCUGCCACUGAGUCCGUUGUGAAUGAUGGUGAAUACUCCGCGUACGUGGGCCCCUGGGCUGAAUGCAAACUCAUGGGGCAGGGGGAGCACGCCACGAGGACCGUUGAAAGAUAUCUAAGACCGGAAGCCAACUCUUUAGUUCACACGCCUUCAUUGGGUAUACAACGUCGCCAAGUGCAGUGCCGUUACAAGGAUGGCAAGUUUGUCGAAAACAUGUACUGCGGUGCUGCUCUCGCACAAAUUGGCACCACGCGAAUUUGUCUCAUGAAAGUUGACUGCGCUCUUGGAGAAUGGCUUCCUUGGAGGCCCAGAUCAGACGGAGCCCUUGUACGGACUAGACGCCUGAAACGACUUCCAAUAGGUGGUGGUGUGGAGUGCGACGUGGUAGAGGAAGUUCGUCCAGCGGCUAUGGAAGCGAGUGCUCAUUGGGUACCGGGCGCUUGGGGACCAUGCCGUGUUGCCAUCGAGACCACGGCACCUCUGCCUCCCGUCAACAAUGACGAUGAUGAUGAUUUGGAUAAUGACGCAAACUACGACGAGGACGACGAUGAUGAUGAUGAUGAUGACUCAGAUGACGACAAAGACUCUGAAGCGAGCUGCGGUGGUGGGGUUCAACGGCGGGAAGCUACGUGCGUGCGAGCUGAUGGAAGAGCUCUGCAUCCGGCUCAAUGCGCUCAUGCUCUCAUGCCAACACUAGUCCAACCUUGUGAGGUGCCUUGUCCGCGAGACUGCGAGGUUGGCGAAUGGAGUGACUGGAGUGCCUGUCAACCUGUAGACGGCUGCCCUCUAUUCCCGGUACAACAACUUACGACAACAGGGUACAGUGUCCGUCGUCGCCGCGUGAUAUCGGCAGCGUCAGGAGGUGGAGCUGCCUGUCCUCCGCUGGAAGAAAAGAGGACCUGUAGCACCCCCCGAUGCGCGUCGUGGAAGGCUCUGCCGUGGGGACCUUGUGUACUCAACCAACCACACACGACUUGCGGUCCGGGAAGACGGAAUAGAGAACUCAGAUGUGUGGGUCACGAUGGGCGAGAGGCGGAAAGGGCGUGGUGCGCCGGUACCGGGGCACCAGCGCGCGGAGAGCGUUGUCGCAUCGCAUGUCCCGGUGACUGCGUGGUGUCCUCGUGGGGAGCGUGGUCGCGGUGCUCGGCUCCUUGCGCGGCACCUUCAAGACCACCACCCCACACCAGUCGCCGGAGACAUGUGCUUGCACACGCAGCACCCGAUGGUUGGCCGUGUCCCUCAGAAGAUCAGUUAAUACAAAACGAGACUUGCAACACCCACGCGUGCGCUACAUACUCGUGGCUGGCAACACCGUGGGGACCAUGUGAGAGAAGACGCACAGAUUUCAUCCCUGUUACCAACUACACUGAUCUAGUGGAUGGAGAAACAUUCAACGAGAGUGACGAUGAGGAGCCCUGUAUCGAGGAGGGGGAGAUGAAUCGUGACGUCAUGUGCAUACAAAACAACGCUGACGUCGUCCGCGAGGCUUUAUGUGCCCCUCUACGUCGUCCAGCAUCUCGGCGUGCCUGUACCGUACGCUGUAGGAGAGGAUGUAGGGUCGAAGCUUGGAUGCCCUGGUCUCCCUGUCCCAACACUUGUGAUCCUGGUAAGCAAGUCCGCAUGCGAUUAGUGCACGGCGGACCCAGCUGUGGCCCUCGACAAGAGACCAGAGACUGUCCUGUAGCCAAGACCUGCAGGUCUAAAGACGCAGUCUGGAUCGCCGGAGAGUGGAGUACUUGCAAACUGUCUCCCGACGAGAGGUGCGGCGUUGGACUAAGGAUCAGAAGUAUCUGGUGCGGUUCAGAUUCACAUAGAGUAGAAGCUGGUGCCUGUGCUGGACAGUUAAUACCUCGCAGCGUGGCCGACUGUCAGGUGCCUUGUGAACACUCCUCGCCUCCCACUUGCGAUGUCAUCUGCGCUGAUCCGUUAAGAUACUUGGACGCCUCAGAUCCAGACAUCAUGAGUUGCGUCUGCAAGAAUGUUUCCUUAGAGUUGUUGCCGGCCGACUCCGACUGCAUCCUUCCUCCAGGAUUGGAAUGUGGAGAGGGUAGGGCUCUGCGCGCGGCUCGUUGUAUGGUGGCUGGACGAGAUGUGCCCAUGGACGUAUGCAAGAAAUUUCAUCCACUCACAGGACCCAGCAGGGUUCGUGAAGCGACAACCGACGGAUACUCGUACGACAAUGAGUUCCUGAGUCUGCUCCGUGGGGCGUGCACGGUGCGCUGUGCGCGCGACUGUACCACCGGGGAGUGGGGCGAGUGGGGACCGUGCAAUGCAGAGCCCGGCUCGCGGGCCGCCUUUAGAUUCAGAACAAGGGAAGUGAUGGAGGAGGGUUCCGCGGGGGGCCGCGAGUGCGGCGCGACCCUGCAGCGCUCGUCCUGCUCGGUGGGGUCCCCCCGCUGGGCCGUGGGCGAGUGGGCCCCCUGCACGCCGCCCGACGCGCUGUGCGGACAUGCCGUAAUCAACCGGACCGUUUCCUGCGUCGACGCAGACGGCAAGUGGCUGGAAGACGCGACUUGUGAGGCGUCCGGCGCGGGACCAGCGCCGGCGCGCGAGGCCACCUGCCGGGCCCCGUGUCCCGGGGACUGCGUCGUCAGCGCCUGGUCAGAUUGGAGUCCUUGCGAGCAGACAAAGUGGGGGGGGCGCCGCGACCGUACGCGCGUGGUGCUGCGGGGAGCGCGGGCGGGCGGGGGUGCGUGCCCGCACCUCGUGGCGGCCGAGCGGUGCGCGCCCCACGCACACUCCUGGCACCUCGCGCCCUGGGACGACUGUCAGCCUCUCGGUGGUUCGCCUUGUGGCGAAGGGACGAAAAAACGCGCCGUUCGAUGUCUGCGCGGCGAUGGGAAAUUCGUUAACGACUCUUUCUGCCCUAACAAAACGGCGAUAGAAGCCAAAGAAUCGUGGUGCUACGUGCCGUGCGGCGUCGACUGUGAGGUCGGAGAGUGGAGCGGCUGGGACAGCUCUGCUUGCUCCUGCGGAGACGCUUCCUCCGCAAGACACAUGCGCCGGACCAGACAACGACUAACGGCGGCGGUAUGGCCGGGACGGUCGUGUCCCCCCACGGAACAACGAGCGCCCUGCCCCAGGGAACCUUGUCUCAGACUAGUCGCACGACCAUCUCUUGGAUGCCACAUUCAAACUUCGGCGGGCGAAGAGGCAAUCGGGGCUUGCGGUUUUGGAGUAAAGGCGUCGCAGGCGCGGUGUGAGUUGACCAACGUCGGGGACGAGCCCCCAACCGACGCUUACCUGGAGCCCUGGCGGUGCGCGCCCGUUCUACCCGGGAGAAUCGUUGCGCCAUUGACGCAGUAUCAGGAGGAGGGAUCGUGUGAGGUAGAGUGCGGGUGCAGACAGGCGGCGGGCCAGCCGGGGCCGUGGGGGGCGUGGGGCCCGUGCCGCGCCGGCGCCCGCUCCCGCACCCGGCAGCUGCUGCUCAGACCCACCAGGACUUGCAACACGCCUUCCAGAUACGUCACCAUCGAAUGGGCGAACUGCACUAGCGAUUCGGACGAGCUCCCCGACGCGCCGGCCACCGAGCCGCGCGAGGAGAAGCCGCGGCAGCCCUGGGUCGACCGCGACGUCUACCAUGACGGAUACCUCGAGGGGAGCAGUUCAGUGCUGGCCGUGGUGUGGACGGCCACCCUGGUGCUCAGUCUGUACGGCGCGUUCAUGCUGUACCGUGGAUUCAUUAGGUGCAUCAGGAGCCGAAAACUGAAGACCAUUACCAAAGUGUGAAUCAAUCAUUUGAUUCGAAUUCAUUCGUAAUGAUUGAGUUCGCGACAUCGCUGACUUCAGACCGCUCUGUCUACGCACUGCACUAUGUUACUCACCUGUUAAAGCUAUUAUCGUAUUCGUUAAAACACGACUUUUAGAUCGUAUUCGUUGAAUUACAUUAAAUUUUUACGUUAAUGUUUGACAUUAGCAUUGCGUUUGCUCAGUACGUGACUCCUUUAUUUGUUGAGUUGCGACCAUUGAUAGAUCAUCUAGUAUAUUAUGAUAUCAGUACAGACUAUCGAUAUACUCUUAGUAUUUAUUAUACCAACAUAUUCAGCAAUGAGUCUGUCCGCGAAAGUGCUUCCAUGUUUUUAAUACAUAUAUUAAAAUUAUGCUUAGACGGUUUUUACGGAUUUACCUGCUAUACAAGUUAGAUCGCAGCGCCCGCCGAUCUCGGGAACGACAAUACUCGUGUUCAAACUAUAAUGAGCUGAAAUGUAUUGACGACAUGUUGGCGGUGUACGUAAUAUGUUGUAGGGACGAGUUUCAGCAUGGCGCUACGUUGGCAAUUGAUGAAAAACGUUAUACGACAACCACGGUCGUCCAUUUAUAUAUAAAGUUUUGCGCAGUUUUUUCUGAAAUUUAUACAAUAACCUUACCGAUAAACGUGUAUGGGUAAUAAGGUGCGGUAAUACAUUGCUUUGAUGAUUUAAACGAAGAUGAGACGCUGUUUUAUUUUUUCGUCAAAAUCAAACAGCGCUUGAUUUCGUUUUGCACAAAGUUGUGAUGCGCCGAUUUUUGUUUAUUUUGGUGACAUUACGAUGUUCAUAUGAAUGACGUAUCAGAAAUAUUAGAUGAUGCUAGGACUGAAGGCAGCGUUCAGCAGACGAGGUGUGACACUCUUCGACCAAAUAACAAAUAACACAUCAUACCACAUAUCAGCAAGUUUUAAUGAGUCAUUAUUUAACAAUAGCGUUUCACAAUAAACACAAUAUCAUCUCGAGCCAUCUGGAUAACUCAGUUUAAGCGUAAUAUUUGAAAGAGUGCUUGAUAUUAUUACCAAUCAUCCGAGUAGAGCUUUGUCGCACAAAUAACAACAUUUAAUACCUAUAUAAUAUGUGUAGUAUGUAAGGACGUAUAUUAACUGAUCAUAAUACGGUUUUGAGAUAAUAAUCAUGUUUAAUACGUUUUUGUAGGUUUUGCAUAUAAUCCCAAUUAAUUGUGUAUUUUGAUAUGUGUAUGUGACUUCCUUUGUGUAUCCUCUUCGUCGAUAAAUAUUUUGCAUACUCGUAUAUUUUCUUGAUACUCAACCUAUUAUUUAAUUUCUAUCUUAAUACUAUCGCAUCACUACAUCUCGUUCCUUCAUGACAAUAUUUAAAAUUAUCACCGAAUAUAUCAUAUUACCAUUACUAUGUAUAUUCGACAACUUUAUUUUUGUUAUACUAUCUAUUAUCGUCUAUUCUAAAUACUACGCUAUCACUUGUGAUAUUUUAACUAUCAAUAUUUUAUUGUUCCAAGCAACAUGCAUGAUAUAAAUUAUAAACUAUCAUUAUUCCAUUAUGAAAUAUCGAUGUGAAACAUAAUAAUUAAGGAAUCGUGUUAGACAAUACAAUAUUUGAUAUUUAAUAAAAUUUGAUUGUGUUUUUACAUAA